AUGAGCGAUCGAGGAUAUUCACGAGAACGAGAUAGCGGUCGAUCUCGACGACGAUCACCUUCAAGUCGAUCACCCUCACCCAGAAGAUAUUCUCGUUCACCAUCAAAUCAUCGAUCAAAACGCAGUCCACCUGGUGAUCGUCGUCCACCACCAAAUGAAGUCCAUCGAGAGAAUCCAAUUCCAAGCCCUGUUCUCGGUGUAUUCGGCCUGUCACAAUACACAAAGGAGCGCGAUCUUAAAGAUCUUUUCCAUAAAUUUGGCCGCAUAAAAGAUGUUCAGAUUGUGAUUGAUAAAAAAACGAAUAAAUCCAGAGGAUUCGGUUUUGUCUAUUUCGAAGAAGUCGAAAGUGCUACACGAGCAAAAGAAGCUUUGAAUGCAGUCGAACUCGAUCAUCACCGUCUACGUAUUGAUUAUUCGGUAACGAAACGUGCACAUACACCAACACCUGGAAUUUAUAUGGGCGUCCGUACGAAUUCCUACCAUCGUUCUAAUGGACAUAGUUAUCGCCGCUCUCCAUCACCUGAUAGAAGAUCUUACCAUCGACGCCAUCAUCACCGCCGUCACGAUCAUUCAUCCAGAUCACGUUCUCGCAGUCGAUCAAGAUCUCGACGUGUUGAAAAAGUAUACGAGUGA